CCAGCUAGCUACAAAGUUUCCUGUUCGUUCUUUUCGCCGUGUGUGUGUCUGUGUUUGUGUUUGACUGUUUUGUUUGAUUUUUUCAUUUGUUUAUCAUCAAAAUUCUUCAAGAAUAAUGUCGAAACGUAAAGGAAAAGCAAAGGAAGAAGCUCCAAAUGUUCAAUUGGGUCCACAAGCAUUGGAUGGUGAAAAUGUAUUCGGUGUGGCUCAUAUUUAUGCAUCAUUUAACGAUACUUUUGUUCAUGUAACCGAUUUAUCGGGCAGUGAAACAUUUGCCCGUGUAACUGGUGGUAUGAAAGUAAAAGCUGAUCGUGAUGAAUCAAGUGCAUAUGCCGCUAUGUUAGCCGCUCAAGAUGUUGCGGAAAAAUGUCGAUCAUUAGGAAUUAAUGCUUUGCAUGUAAAACUUCGUGCCACUGGUGGUACUAAAACCAAAACACCCGGACCAGGUGCACAAAGUGCUUUACGUGCUUUAGCACGUUCGGGUAUGAAAAUCGGUCGUAUUGAAGAUGUAACACCAAUUCCACAUGGUGGUACACGAAGGAAAGGUGGUCGUCGUGGUAGAAGAUUGUAAAAUCAUCUAAUAAUUUUUUUCAUUUUUGAUUUCCUCAAAAAAAAACAACAACUUGUAUUUUCUAAAAUCGAAAUAAAAAAAAAAUUCAACCCGAAAAA